CACCGGGAAAUCUCUGUUAUCACACAAUAUCGGAUGGAAAUCGUAGAGUGGAAGAAAGCACGAGACCAUGCGGCGGACCCUAGUACCACAACGCACACUGUGACGAUUCGGCAUUAAAGCUAAAUUAUUUAAUUGCUUCAAGACUUUGAAGAUGGAUGCAAGGCAGUGUUUUCAAGCAUUUGGUUGCCAGCCUAGUGAUCAACUCUUGGUGGUCAAGGAACAGCAUCUUGCUGACUCCAACUUUGUGUUUGCUUACUUGAUGAAGCAGGCUUUGCUGGAUGAAAAUAAUAGGGUCUUACUGCUAUUGACUCAUAAUUCUCUGCCUCAUUAUGAAUGUGUUGCGAAGAAAAUUGGACUUAACUUGAUCAAUAAAGUGCAAUCUGGUAUGGUUCAUGUUAUUGAUCUGCAGAGUAUUGUUUUAGAUUUAUUGAAUAAUCAGUUGCCUUCGGUGGACUUAUUAAGUACUAUUCAAAGAAGAAUUCAACAGAAUGUUACAGAAAAUACAAACUAUAAAUGUUGGGUAUUUAUUGAUGAUUAUACUCAUAUUCAAGACUGCACUCAUGAUGUAGCGGAGAGUAUAAAUUUCCUCAAUAUGUUAUUAGGCGAGUUUUAUAAUGAAACUAUUAGAUAUAUUGUGGGGCUGCAUGUUGGUGACGAAAAUGAUAGGAUCCUCAGCAGCGAUUUAGAAUAUUCGGCUGAUUGUAUUAUCGACGUUUCGCUAAUGAAAACGGGGCGGAGUGAUGACAUCUCAGGGAUACUGAAAGUUCUCAGGAACCGGAAAUUAAUCACUUAUCACUAUAAAGUUAGGGAGUAUGGGGUUGAUAUUAUUGCUCCCGGCAACUUUUUGAUUUCUUAAAUUGAUUUUUUUAUACUAAUUAUGUUUGUAAAUAAACUACAAUGAAACAA